AUGGACUUUGUCGCUGAGCCGAAUGACAUCCGGUCUGGAGCAAACAUCGAGAUGCAGUUUGCAGCUGCGAGAUAUUGCGAGAUCGCGAUCCCAAAAGUCGAUGGUGAAACUCGCUGUUCUGCUGUUCCCUUUCCCUUCUGUCGCUAUGGUGAUGCCUUGGCCCUGGCCCCCCUGGCCGAUGCGGAUCUUCCGACCGUCGGGAGCCACCCGGGCCGCUUGGAGCUGCCGAUCGUGGAGGGCCCCUGGCGGGUGGAGAGCUUGGCUGCUCUCUUCGAGCAGCUGCAGGACGGCCUGGCCGUGGUGGGCUCCAGUUCCUCCCGGUUUGCGGCCGUGCACGCGGACCGCGUGAAGCUCUGGCAGGCGCGGUUCGAGAAGGUGGAGGAGUUGUUGUCGGAGCUCGGCUCCUGCCAAGAGCGGUUUGGGCACUUGGAGGGCAUCUUCGCCACAGACCUGCAGAAGCAGCUGCCGAACGAGUUCCUCACAUUUCAGCCCGUGGAGAGCACCUGGAAGGCCUUGCUUCUAAGGCUUUCGCACAGGCCCCAGGUGGUCGAUUUGGCUUUGGACCCUCAGAAUCUCCAGACGCUGCGCCAGCUUGGCGAGACCAUGGACAGCAUCAUCAGGGACCUCGAUGGCUUCCUGGUCACGAAGCGGCAGAGCUUCCCGCGGCUCUUCUUCUUUUCCGAUGCGGUGCUUCUACAGUUCCUCCGGCUUUUUGGGAAGCGCAGCUCUCCAAGAGCCAUGGAGUUCCUGGCACGGCAGUGUUUCCCAGGUCUGGGCUCUUGGGAGCUCGAGGACAGCGCUGUGACCACGCUGCUCUCCGUCGCCGGGGAGCGACUGCCCCUCCUCGCUAAGGUGAAGCUCCGGGGCCCGGAGCAGACGCUCGAGGCAAUCCAGACUUCGAUGACGGCGGCCUUCCGACAGCUCCUGAAAGGGGCCAUCGAAGAGGCUGCUGUGGGCAACGCCGUGGAGUGGGCCGUGGCGUCCGCUCUGCCAAGCCAGGUCGUGGAAGUGGCCUGGCAAGUGACCUGGACGAUGCAGCUGGAGUCUUUACUGUUGCAAAGCCGGGAAGCAGCCAAGGACUUCAGCGAAGCGCCGCGUUUCCCUUCGCGCUUCCCCCCCCCCCCCCCCCCCCCCCCGCUCCGCAGGAGCAUCUUCAGCACUGGCACAGCACCCUGCAGCUGA